CUUGUACCUUAUAUGGGUGGAAGAUGGCAUUCUUUCGUCCGGGUCCAAGCCACCCACAGCGCAAUUAAAUCAUCAUGCCCGAACAGCUGACUCUAUACCUUCUCAAGCUCUCACCUUUGAGCCAGAAGAUCGAACUGGCUCUUGUCGAAGCCAAUGCACCCUACAAGGCAUACCAGGUCGAUAUCUUUAACAAACCAGAGUGGUUCGCAAGCAAAGUAAACCCUAUCGGCAGGGUGCCUGUUGUGACGUACGGGGGACCCGAUGUCGACCCCGAGGAUCCUUCGCCCCUGUCCGCUAAAAUUUCAGAAUCGAAUAUCAUACUCGAGUUCGUAGCGUAUCCAGACUCUGGCCUCCUGCCGAAGGAUCCUGUUCUGCGCGCCAAUGUCCAUUUCUUCAUCAAUGCGACUACUAAACACAUUGAAGAUCCGUUUUACGCCUUCCUCCGAGGACUGGAAUCGUAUGAAAAUGGAAGUGUCCUGAAGGGCAUUGAAUUUAUUCAAGGACUUUUCAAGGAAGGCAGAUAUUUCGCGGUUGGAGAUCAUUACACCAUUGCAGAUGCGUGCAUCACUCCGCACCUCGCAAGGCUCAAGAUCGUCACCGAAACUGACAUAGGGGAUUUCCCUGUCGGUGCGGGAUAUAUGCUAGGCGAGGAGUUAAAGGGACCCAAAUUCUCCACAUUCAUGAAAUACGUUAAGCGAAUGCUGGAGCAUCGGAGCUUCAAGCAAAUCCACGAUGAGGAGUCCGUGAUCGCAUUCUUCAAGAAGAUUUUCAUUAAGCGCGUACAGUGAACAUUUACACGAUAAUAGAUAGUUAAGUAGAUAAACCGUUUCUCGUGCUACUGGCAAUCGUACAGCAUGCGAGUUCUUCCAUCAAAGUCAGC